AUGAGAAAUCGAGCUGUUUUGAACCUUGUUGCUGUAAUUGUCGUCCUCCUAAUAACCUGGGGGAUUGCCAUCAAUUCAUUUGAUGUACAGGAGAAAGCAAGGAAUACUUUUGGGUUUAAUGAUGGAGAUCAAAUCAAACCAGAAAUCAAUACGGCAACACCAACACCAACACCUCGGCCAAAGUGUGGCCUCUCCAGAGUCUGCCCGCCGGACCAUUUCGCCUUACACAUCACCAGCGGAGCAGCUAAUGUUAUCGGACCAAAAAUCUGUUUUGAGGAUAAAAUCAUUAUGAGUCAUGUGUUCAACAAUGUGGGACCAGGACUGAACAUUGUGACAAUAAAUGGGGAAAAUGGAACUGUGGAAAAAUUUGGCUACCUUAAUAUGAAAGUUGGAAAGAAAGAAGACAUCCUGGCAUACUUACAGAAGAUAAAACCCGGAAGAAUUGUCUUGGUGGCCUCGUUUGAUGAUGUGACAGCAAAAAUGACAAAGGAAAUGAGGGAGGUGUUCACUGGAAUGGGAAGCACUUUGAUCAAGUCAGUGAAACUCAGAGAUAACUGGGUGUUUGCAGGAAGAGCAGGGACAGAAAACAAAAGCCUGUUUGAGAAGAAAACUGUUAAUGAUAACAAAACCAACAUUUAUGAAAAAUGGCCUGAAAUAGUAGAGGUGGGCGGCUGUUUCCCAAAGACGCCAACUGACGGAGAUCCUGCCACAGAGAAACCUUAA